AAAAAUAUAGGCUACACACACACAAUAUGGGAAUAUUAUAAACAUUAUUUGUAAUUGUUAAAGUGCAGUUUACUCUGUCAAUGAAAUACAGUAUGGUUCACGAUUAAUCAAACGAGUAUGUACCUAAUUAGUAGAUAUCAGAGAUAAGAAACUUUUAAUGAUAGUCAGCCUUUGUUUAAAAUAUAGCAAAACAAAGGAGAUAGAAGUUUUAAAAAGUGUUUAAGGUUUAAUUUCAGUGGGCAAACAUGUGGCUGGCUGCAUAGGAAAACUCCCACUGGCACUAGAGCUACUACAGUGUUCAUCUUCAGUGGGUACUAAUAAUCUGUUAGAAAAUGUUAUACAAACCCUAACAAUCGUUGUGUUUUAUUCUCAGACUAACCUCUCCUCUCUCACACACAGAGGUAAAACAGUGAGAAACAGCACUACACUUUUAUUGCAUAGAGUAUACAAAUGGAAAAACACUGUGAGGGCGAGAGCACAGAGAUCAUUUUCACUUCCAUUUUUAGUUGCCACAUGCAGGCCGGGCUUGGUUCUAUUGUAGUAACCUUCAGGCCUGAGAGUGGAGCAGGCACACAAACAGCUGCAGGGAACUCCUAAAACUGCACUCAGUCUCACAGAGAUAUUUCCCCCCUAUGUAACUGUUAGUUAGAAGGGCACUCAUUAGUCAAUGUGCUCUGCAGUACAAGUGGGAACCAUUUGGUUGUUUGCUCAUCUAUUCACGCAAACAAGGGUUAUCACUGUUCAAGGAGCAUGAGAAAGCCACAAGCUGGAGUGAACUGCCUGACACCUCCACUCAACCACACAUUUAGGUUUCAGUGUGGGGGUUCAUUUCAGUUAGUAUCUGCGCCCUUUUCUGGGAUUUUCACCUUUUCUGAUCAAUUAGAUUAAAAAGCUGGUGGACCAAAAGCUUUUAAAUAAGCCCCCACCCUCCUUUUUUAUUUUGCUGAACUAGAAAAGAAAAGAAGCUCAGUUUACACCAUUGUGGAUAUAACAUUGUGCCAUAAUUUCCUCUUCUCUACAAAAAAAACAAACAAAAAACCAGAGGAAGUUUUUCCAGUUUUUCAACACAGCUCACCCAAACGUGACCUCUUCUCGUCUAAUCAGCUGCCCUGUAACUAAUCAUGCCUGGCAUUGCGAAAGGGACCUAACAUUACAUUACCGUGUUACUGGUCAGUCAGGUCAGGAAAAGGGUGCGCUGGUUGUCUGUUUACAGUUUUUUAACAGUCACCCUGGGUCUGUCCAAAUGUGUACAUAAGAAAGAGCAAUGCAAUCCCAAGCAUACAUUCAUUAAUACACUGAUUACUUUCCAAAAUAUCUAACAGUUCACUCGACGGUUUUUCAAACCAGAACGUGAAAAGCAGCCUAAUGUAAGCUGAGAAGCAGUAGCAAUAUUGGAAGUUGGGGGUCUUUGAAACAUGAUAGCAGUGUGGACAACAGGAGGAGAUAGGGGUGUGGUGCUGAACUGCUGCUGUUUAUCACUGUGUGUGCGUGUGUGUAUGUGUGUGUCAGCUGACGCAGGGCUGUGGUCAGAGCUUUGGAUGAGUUUACUCAGCAGAGGGAGACAGUGGCUGAUUGGAAGUCGGUUUAAUGACAUAAUGAGAUAAAGCUCUCACAGAAGCCACUGAUCCCAGUCUCUGAAAGAAGCCAUUACAUAUUUAUUUGCUCACAAAUUAAAUCAUGGCUGCAGAAACCCCACCUCUUUCACUCACCCUUAACUAUGUGUGGGUUUUUCGCUGAGCAUCGCGCUUUGGGGGAAUCUUUAAGGUGACUUGUUUUGAGAUUAAUUUAUAGUAUUGAAGGGUUUUACCUGCACUGAGGAAUUUUUCAUAACUAAUUCCGCCAAAGAGUUUUAUCUACUAAAGACAAAGAACAAAAUUUGGUUGUCAUUUACUCAUUCACACUUUUGUUUACAAAUGGUCAGAAACAACGAGAAAAUAUAUCGAUUUGAUUAAAACAAGACAACACAGCCUUUAAUAUACUCGGAGUGAUUGUGCUUGUGUGGAUUCUGAGCCAAUGCUGAGCCAGGAAAAACUCUGGAUUUAGAUUGUAUGGUGCACAGCAGUCACAGGCAACAAUAAUAGAUCCGGUGUCUAUGACGCCAUCUAGCGGAUGAUGUUACACACAAACUGUAUCGGGCGGCUUAAUUAGGGUAUUAAUACCAUUAUGUAAUAUAUUCAGAUGAUGCUUUCCUAAUGUUAGAAUGAAUGGCUGUUACAUAAAUAAAUAUGUAAACAAACUUGACUUUGCUUUUUUUUAAAAAGAAAAAAAAAACAUAAAUAAAAUAACACGUUAUUUAUUUCCUCCUAAUUAUUCACACUCAAUACAUUUUUUAUCUUUAUCUGUUUGUUGUUGUUGUGCUCUUUGAGAAAUGGAAUAAAUUAAGACAAAAAGAUCUCAAAAGUCACAAUAAUAUCCCAGCCGACAUGGUAAAAAGUCACCCUAAAAAUAAAAGAAAGAAGAUGAAAAACAAAAUCAUAUGCACAAUAUUAUGCACACAGAUAUGCAUAAAGGAGCAUACAUCCGCUAAUAAUUGUUGCAUUUUUUUUUUAUUAUCCAGCCUCAUCUACAGUUCCCCUUUAAUUCCCUGGAAUAUUUCCCCAUGUAUUCCUUUUAUAAAUAGAAUCAUGGUCACUAUAAUUUGGCUUUAAAAAGUAGAAAAAAUCCCUCUUUAAUGUCAAAGUAAACAGAAAGACUUCUACAUUAAUUUCACUUAAAAUAACAUUUAUCAUGUAAAGUAACUGGCUGCAGAAAUAUUCACCCCUUUCCAGUAUAGCCAUAUUUUUCCACAAUAGAAGCAUUUACCUCACACGUGUGAACGCCAGUUUUGCUCUAUUUUUCUUUGGGAGACUGCUCAAGCUUUCUGGGGGUGCACGGGGAUCAGGUGUGAACAGCUCUUUUUGAUUUGAUUGAAAACAUUCAUCUUGUUGUUUUUAAACCAUUUCUGCAUAGCUGUGUAGCUUUUGCUGAAUAAAAGCUAAUAAUUCUUAGUUCCCUCGGAGACUCAAUCAGACGGUCCUCCAGGAUUUCCCUCUACUUUUACAAGCCUUUGAAUGCCUGCUGCUGCCACCGCCCUGUUUCACAGUGGAGAUGGUGUGCAUGGUUUGAUGUGCACCAAAACAUAGCAUCUAGUCUGAAGGCUAAACAACCUUCUUCCAGUCAACAGCGGAGUCUCCCACAUGCCCUUGGAUGAAUGCGAGAUUUGGGUCUUUCUUUGCAACGAAGAGAUUUUUCUACCUUUUUUUUUAAGCACUAGCAAAUAAUUUUCUAGGCACUUCUGACUGGUCAUAGGUGUCCUGUCUUGGUGGCCUCCCUCACCACUCUUCUUCUUACACAGUCACUCAGUUUUAAGGAGGAUGACCUGCUCUAGGCUGACUUACACAUGUGCCGCUUUACAUUUCCAUUACCUGAGCUCCAGGGAAUGUUCAGUGACUUGGAUUAUUUUUGUACCCAUUCCCUGAAUUAUACUUUUCAAUAACUUUUUCUUUGAGUUGCUUUAGGUGUUCUUUUAUGUUCAUGGUGUAACUGUAGCCAGAAAUAUUGAUUAACCAGUGACUGGACCUUCCAGACAUGGGUGCCUUUGUACUAAAAUCACUUGAGACACAUUCACUGCACUUAGGUGAUAUCCAUUUCACAAAUUGUGCAGUUGCUGCAACCAUCUGGCUGGACCGCUUUUGAAUUAGAUCGGUCACUUUAAAAGAGGGGAAAUAUUUAUGCAGUAACUUAUUUUACAUGAUAUAUUUUUAUUUAAUUGUAUAAAUCUGUUUUUACUUUCACAUUAAAGAGAAUUUUUUCAUGUAAGUUCUUGUCAGAAAAGCUAAAAGAUAUCAAAGGAGAGCCAAAAAAGGAGAAAACAUCCAAAUGGCAUUUUAUGUUUUCCUGAUAAACCUUCAGUCCUGGGGUUCCCAAGGAUGUUAUUUUUACAAGACCCCAGCAAUAAAAACAUUGCUGCCUAUAAAGCACCCUCUCCUAGUGCACUUGCACCCCCAAUAGCUGCCUAUCCCACUAGGACACCCCCAGGCAUCCUCUGUCCAAGCACUGAUGGGUCUGAUCUGCUCUCAAGCCACAAGGAGGCACAACACAAUAUUAGGUGGCUGUAAUCUUUCUCUUUUAAUUGUAAAUUCAGUGUGACACUAAACGGCCCUCAUAGUGUCAUUAUCUCACUGAGAGACUGAGAUUGUGCAGCCUAAAUCCAUCUCUGCUACCACUUUCUGUCUUGACUAAGAAAAGGAGAUCACAGCACGCCACAGAUCACACCACUCGACAAAUUUAGUUUUCCGGGGAUGGAUAUAAGCGCCUUCAUUUGGUCGAGUUCCAGAAGGACCACGCCAUCCAAUGGGAUUAGAAGUUGGUUCAGAGAGCUCUGGGAUUGGUUGAAAAGCCAAUACAACAUUUUCCAGAUUGCACCUCCCACAUGGGGUGACCAAAGGCUUAGUGUGAGCCUGAUUAGUUCUGUAGCCGAUGGGUACAAGAUGUCAGUGAAGACGAGCACCCAAACAAAUGCAUGGACAUAGACAUACUUCUGUACCAGUUCCAGAAAAGAUGGUGGCCACUGUGCACACCUUGCUCACCUCAAGUAAACAUGUUCAACCUGAUGAGCAACUGCUGCAACUGGGUCUCCAAAAUACAGGAGCCAAUCAGGAAAGUGACCAUUCUUGUGGUUGGUCUUGACAAAGCGGGAAAAACAUCCUCCAUCAGAGGCAUGCUCAGAGUCGCCAAUGUUGUCGAAUCAGGAUCCACACAUGGCUGCAUUAGACAUGAGCUGAGGGUAGAGAAUUACCUGGUCACACUCUUGGAUGUUGGAGGAUCAGCAGAGUCCCGUGGCACCUGGAGGGAGCUCUAUGGAGAGGCUCAUGGCAUCAUCUUUGUUGUGGACUCUGGUGACAGGCAGAGGAUAAAGGAAGUCAGGGAGGUUCUUUCGGACCUGUUGAAGCAGCCGAGGGUAGCAGGAAAACCUCUACUAGUAUUGGCCAACAAACAGGAUAAAAUGAAUGCUUUGCUGGGUAGUGAAUUGAUUGAGAUAUUGUCUUUAGAGAAGUUGGUCAACCAGAGCCGCUCUCUGUGCCAUAUUGAGCCUUGUUCAGCCUUAAUGGACCUGCGGCGCUGGUCAGACAGAAAGACUCUGCGAGGUCUUCGCUGGUUGCUGCGAGCUGUUUGUCUGGAUUAUCCAGAGCUGUGUGCUCGUGUAGCUCAGGACAGCAAAAGGCCUCUGGAGCCAAGAGAGAGGGAGAGGAAUGGAAAAGCAGAGAAAGUGCAAAGAAAAACCAAGGUCGAACGAAUAAGAUCCAGCAAGUCAGAUCUGCGCAAGGUUCAUCGGCCCAAAGACAAGGAGAAAAAACCCAAGAGCGAAGGAAAGCUGCAACCCAUUCGGAAUAUGCUGCAAAAGGACACUUCGCUGAAAAAGAAGCUAAAGACAAAGAAGAAGAAGAAGACAGUUAAGGUGAAGGAAGGUGAAAAAGAUGAGGGACCGCCGAACGAAGAGGAAGAGGACGGUGACGCCAAUGAAGGAGAGCAAGAUAACUCUGGUCACAGAGACAAAGCCAGCAGUGCUCUGAUCCCUCCAAAAAAGGACAAACUUAAACGCAAAACAAAGGUGAAAGAAGAGACGCUGGAUGUGCCAGAAUCACCAGAGAACGACGAGAAACCACUGAAAGUUAAAGGAGAAAAGAAGAAGAAGAAGAGAGUUGUGAAAGUGAAAAGAAAAAACAAGAUCAACACAGAGGAGAUGCCAGCAGCUUAUUCGCAGCCCGUGGACCUUUCUGCAACCUUUGAUCUUUACCGGAAAGCAAUACUAGCUCUGAAAGAGCGUCAGGAUCAGGGACAGUGAGAGUGAAUCGUGCGUGUGUCCUGCCGCCUGAGUGUGAGGAUGUGGGUCCACAGCAGACGUACACAACACAUUGCAUCCCUUCACACACACUACUAUUUCUGUAUCUCUUUCCAUAUUGUAGACUUUCAGCCUGAUUCCUGAACCUUUGGAGGGAAUUUGCAGACUCCGAAGUGUAGUGAAGGGCAGGUCUGAAGAGUUGUGCUUUGAUAAAAUAAUAUCACAUCGUAAAAAUAAAAUGUGUUAAAUAUAAACUUGUGUACACGGCCAAUGCAUCUAAGAGGAUUUUGUUUAUAUACAUUUUUGCAGUUUUGAAUGAAAAGAAAACUGGAUUUUUAAACUGUUUGUCUGUUUUGUUUUUUGUAAUUAUUGUUUAAACAUUUUCCCAUAAUAAACAGUGUACUGGGGAACGUU